UCAGCUCCACCACAGCGCUGCGUAAUCAGGCGGCUCCAGCAGGCUGAGGCGCUCCGAGACACACACUGCGUUUCUUAUUGAUAAGACUUCUUGGAAGAAGAGCACCGCAAACUACCGUGCUGACAAUUCUGAUCUGCACUUUUGGACACAUCACGGUUAAAAAAAGACCCUCACUUUUGGAAAGAAAGACGUCAGUUGGAUAUAUUGUAUUUUUUUUAAACUGGGCAUCCUUGGAUUAAUUGAUACUUUCUUAAGGACUGCUUUCUAGGCGAAGUUUGUGACUUGGAAAUGUUUGAGUAAAUUAGCUGCGACUUGUGUGCAAGGUGGACUAAAAGAAAAAGACUGAAGAACACUUUGACUAAAAAUUGGAAGGUUAUUAUUCAUCAGUACUUUGGAGCUUCUUCGUCUUCUUUCAUCUUCUUCUUCGGAUAUUUUCUUCUGAAGAGACAACAGUGGUGCGGACGGACCGUUUACGCGCACGCGGUUCCGCAGGGCGAGCCGCUGUCCCUCCGCGCGCAGUGCUGAGGGGUCCCUCGCGCUUCCAUAAAUGCCCGGUCCGUCAAAGUGGCUCGAGGCUGGGCAGCAAGAUGAGCUCGUGGGUACAGCUGCUGCUCGCGCUGCUGGCGACGUGUCUGCGGUUUGGCGCAGCCGAGGGGGAUCCUCUGCCUGCAGCCCUGGUGGAGCUGGUUAGAAACAGCCCCAUCUCCUCCAUAGAGGACCUCCAGCUGCUGCUGCUCUCUGACUCCGUAGAUGAGGAGGACGGGACUUCUGCAGCGAACGGAGGCCACAGACUACCAAGGAGCCUCGACGCCCAGCCGGCGCAGCAGGCUCUGUGUAAAGUUCGGACAGAAGUGGUGGAGGUCACCAGGGCGAUGUUGGACCGCAGCAACGCCAACUUCCUGUUAUGGCCGCCCUGCGUGGAGGUGCAGCGCUGCUCCGGCUGCUGCAACACCAAGAGCAUGCACUGCGUCCCCGUGGCAACGCACACCAGACGCCUGCAGGUCAUGAAGAUUGAGUAUGUCAACAAAAGGCCAACUUACGCUAAAGCCGUGGUGUCGGUGGUGGAUCACGUAGAGUGCCGAUGUCAGCAGGCUCCACGUCUCCCUCCGCCAAAGAAAAAAUCCUCUCGCAGACAACACAACCACCAGCACCAAAACCAGACACUCAGCCAAGGACACGGACAGGUCAAGGUGCACUCCAAAGAUGACCUCCAUCAGUGGGAUGAGCUGAAGCAGACCCAGAGGGCCCACCUGGAGGACCUGCUGGAGCAGCACUGGAGCCCCAGGGGAGACACCUUCACCGAGCCUGGGGAGGGGUACAGCCUGGCUGGGGAGGAGGCACCUCGCUCUGGAGAGGCUCUGCUUUUUGCUCCACACUGGACACAUAACUCCACCAGGCUGCAUGGGACCAAAGACCAGACGGAGAACAUGGAGAGGAAGAACGCUGGGGUCUCAGAUGGCAACAAGACAAUGGAUAAUGUUGGUGUUGAGGAGAAGAACGAGUUGGUAGAAGGUGGGGAGGGGUUGCUGCGAAACAGUACAGAAGGGAAUCAGGAAAACAGGAAUCCAUUACGGCGAGACGACCCUCUGUCCAAGACCCAGACGGGUGGUUCCUCUCACGCCGUUACUCACAAUCAAGAAGCCAAAUUCAGUCCCACUGAGGUGCCUAACGAGAGAGUUUGGACCCGGUUCAGACCGACCAAAGAGCCGAAUCCAGAUCCUCGAGAACUGGCGAGACGGAGAGACAAUGACACUCCUGAGGAGGUGCAGAUAUUACAGAGUGAGGAGGAGAGACUGCAGCAGGAGAGGAAGGAGCUGCUGCUUCUCCACAAGAGGCUGGACCAGGAGAAGGAGAUUCUGAGGCAGCAGCAGGUGAAACGUGAAGAGGAGGAGAGGCAGAAAGAAAAGGAUCUGCAGCAUCACCUGCAUGGCAAGCAUCAUCAUCAUCACCUGCAUACAACAACACAGAAACCAGCAACAACAACAUCUACGACUACCACAAGGUCUCCAUCGGCUCCAACGGGCCCCAGACCCCCCGCCCGUCCACGGAAACGGAUGAGGAAGAAUCGCAAAAGAAUCAGCAAGAAAGCUAUGAGGGCUAUGCUAAUGUAGAGCUAGGAAUAAAGCCAGGGACACAAGGUGAACUUGGUGUAUUUCGUGGAUCCAGAGGUGAAGCGCAGUGACUUCCUUCAUAUAAGUAUUUAUUCACUUGUCAGUAACCUGCUCGUCCUGCUCCUCCGUAACACUACUAAUGACUGUCUGGUGAACCUGUAACGACACGUGUGUGGAGUCAGACGAGGGUGAGAAGAAAAAGGAAUAUAAAUAAAAAAGGUGGAGACGGCUAAAGACUUGGCGGCUUGCCUCUACGAUGACAGUCGCUGGUAGGAAGUAACACACGGCACCCGAAGACUGAGAACAAGUGGGGGACUGAAACUGCAUCGCUGUAGAGCUGAGGACAAAAGUGCAAUCUCGAAACUCUUCUGAAAACCGUGUUUUGAUAUCAACCGAGAGAAGCUGCACUUACAUGUUGACACAGUCGCUACGGGGUUCAAAUGACAAAGUGUGUUGCUGAAAGACUUCUUUUUGAUAACACAACCAGGACGGACAACAAUGUGCAUUUGGUGGAAGAAUGGACAUAUAAAUGGACUUUUGUGUCAUUGAGAGACAAUCAUCAAUAGAUCGUAAAAACAAGUGACUAAAAUGAGCAGUAUUUCCUUUUUGAUAGAUCAUGGGAACAGAGAGCUGUGUAAAUGUACCGUCAGAAGCAUGAUAUCAUUUUUUCGCUCCGUAAAACAGCGAUGGUCUCUCUCGUCUAACCAUAUUUAAUUAUGUUUAACACACUGGAAUUACACUGAAGCGAUUAGAGGACAAAAACAUCAAAUGUUGCAUUUUUUAAAUCUCAUCCCAGGUGAAGAAAAAGGUGCUAUCUGAACACGAGGGGUAGCGUUACGCCUGUGACCUGACGCUGUGCUAUGUUUCUUAUUUAUUUAUCUCUGCCAUUACUGUGGAUUAACUUUUUUUAUACUUUAAAUACUGCAAGACAAUAUGAGAUAUGUUACUAUGCUUUGUGAUGACUAGGUGGUUCUAACAGGAUCAUGCAGGGUUUAACUUCUAUUUCAGUGUUUGCUUUAGUGCAUCUCGAAACAUGUAUUUGUUCCUCUAUUCGAUAAAGACUUGUUACUUUCCCAAUCACAUUCCUUUAAAUCUCUCAAAAGGGUAAAGAAACACCUACCUACGAAACAUUUCCCUUCAAGCGCCCGCCCUGUAUUUGUUUAAAUAAUCGAAAUCACAUCAUUUUUGACAUUUCAAUUACAGAAAACUAAAAGAGUCAACACAAGUAAAUGAAAAGUCCCUUAUUUGGAAAGCAAAAAGCCAAACAUUGCCAAUGUAGAUAUUAUUUGUGUCUCCUUUCUAAUUCCAUUAGUAACAACCAGUAGAAACUCUCUGGCGAUGCCAAACAUCUUAAAGUGGACCUGUCAUGCUAUAUUUGAAUAAUAUAGUGUAGGACCAUACCUAUAUAAGGCAUAUUU